AUGAUCUUACUCGAAUAUCACAAUGCAGUAGUGGAAAAGACUUUGGCACCAAUUGUGAGUCUUAAAGAAACCGUAUUAGACUCUAUAGUUGUAGAUUUUGAUGGUGUAGUCUAUCACAUUUCAACCCGAACGGCCAAAGAUGUUAUAUCGUUUUCAUUGUCAUGGUCGUGUUAUAAUGAGCUGACUAAGUGGGGAGCUGCAGAUAUGCUUCGAAAGGAAUAUGGACAGUAUCUCAUUGCCACACCAGAACAGGGUUAUAAUCUAACACUCGAAUUCGAUUUAAAAAAUUUACCAUCUACGGAAGAAGAACGAGAGGCACUCGUAAAAAAAGUAGCUCUAAUCAAACGAAACCUUCUUGCGCAACCGUUUGAACGUGCCUUUGAUCAGCAAGCCCAGUUCGAAGAUAAAAACCAACCAGACCCCCAGCCGGACCUUAUGCAGAUUCACUACAGAGAUCAGGAAGCGAUUUACAUCCAAGCGCAACAUGAUAGAGUCACCGUCAUUUUUUCAACGCUCUUCAAAGAAGAGACUGAUAGGAUCGUUGGGAAGGUGUUUUUACAGGAAUUUGUUGAUGCACGACGCCUUCCAAAUAUUCAAAAUGCGCCACAAGUACUCUAUUCCCACAAAGAACCUCCUCUGGAGAUCAGACAUUUAUCCGAAUUUCGAAAUCUUAACGAAAACGAGAAUGUCGGCUAUGUCACAUUCGUUUUGUUCCCUCGUCACUUUGUAAGAGGCGAUGUAAGAAAUGCAACUAUAUCGCAGAUUCAAUUGUUCCGCGAUUAUCUGCAUUAUCAUAUCAAAUGCUCCAAGGCUUAUAUGCAUUCGAGAAUGCGAGCACGUGUACAAGCUUUUCUCAAAGUUCUGAAUCGGGCCAAACCCGAUCCUGUUGUAGUCGAGAAGAAGACGAUCUCGGGAAGGAACGUUGUCAAGUCAUAG